AUGGUUGCGCUGACGAUCGGUUAUGUGUCUGGUAUCAUAGCAGCUGGAAUUUUUCUGCUCCAGCAUUUUAUUCCAACAGCAACUUCUCUCAUCUUAACUGCCCUCCUCAGAGAUGAAAAUACAGCAGCAACAUGGACCCAAGUUGGUCGUGCCUUACACUCGACAUAUUGGCCAAUCUUUGUCGGUGCUGAGUCUGCAACCAGUGGUCCUAUCAGCAGAAUUGUUCAGCUUGAAGCUCUAAUAAGACCUUUGACACUUGGUAUUGUUGCCAUUGCGGCGAUUGUCACCCCUCUGGGUCUUUAUGAUACUAUUGUCCCCGCGGAGUCCACAACUCUUCAACCGUUUCAGUACAGCCAAGACACCUCUCCAUUUGGUUUUGGAACACCCCCUAGGAGCGCCCUUGGAUUUAAUCGGUUCUGUGGGGCCAGGGGAUAUAUCGCUUGUCCUGGUUCAGAUGUCGUGGUUGAACCCAACAAAAACGGGACACAACGCCUCCCAAAUGGAUACGACGCCCGAAUCCCGCCCCGCGUGAUGGAAACAUUUCAAAGUGGGCUAAAAUCAUUACCACCUACAGUGUCCAGUAUUUUUGAUAUUGAGUGGAGGUCGUAUGGAAUCCAAUUUGACGAGAAGGUCAACAACGGUUCGAAAUAUUUGGUGGGGGCCUACCGUCAAGCGGGAAUUCUAGCGCUGAGUGACGCGUAUAAUAUUGUGGAAGGUCUAGUUGUUGAUGCAAAAGAGGGUGGUAUUGGAUUCCGUAACCACACCACACCCUCUCCCCUUCCUCAUGGUAGUGAAUGGUCCGAGGAUUUGCUUUUUGUUGAACCUUAUACAGAGUGCGUCGAUACCAAUAUAACCAUGGACUUCAAGAUUAGUCUUAGUCCGGGCAGCCCACUCGAGGACCUAGUCCUAACUGAUCGUGGCGGAUUCGUCAAUCUCAACACCACUUACCCUCAAUACGACCGAAAUGAUACCCAGGCAAACCCCGAUCUUUUCGGGAGAGCAUACAAAGCUGCGUUUCUCAACAAUGUGUUGACAAUGGUCUAUCUCAACGUUACCAAUCCGAGGACCGAAGAUCUUAAACCCUACUCCUACCUCAAAUCGGAAAUGGGCAAAACAUUCCCUAUGGACGGUAAUCUGGUGAUAGAUUACGACAAACUCCUAACGACUCAAACAUGGGGUAAAUUCCUGAAUCUUCGUUCUCGCCUCUCUAACUCAACUUACAACCGUACGGGCUCGGGUGAUGAUUACGCAAAUCCAUUCGAUCUGACGACAGACAAUUUCACCACCAUAUCAACUAUUUGCCAAGGUGCUGGUAAUUCUGACUAUGCAAACAUUACGAAUAUUGGCGUUGCAUGUGGGAUGGUCUUUGGAGCCGCCCGACGCGGUGAUGGAUCUCGUUCACUUGUUUUCGAACCAGGGACAGCUUGGACUGUACCUUUAUAUAGCUGUGCUUCAGCAAGCCGUGCGCUAAUUAAAACUGUUGACUUCCGGUUCAAUGGUACUGAUGGACUGAAAAGUCUUUCAAUUCGCGAUAUCCGGGACAAAACCUACACCCGCGACGAGGAAAAACCGCUCUGGGGUGUUGAGCAUACCGAAAAGAGUUUGAACGAUGUUUUGCCUCUGUGGGGUUUAGUGUCUGACGAAUAUAAGGGGAAAAAGGAUAUAUCUGUCCUUCGAAAAGAGUGGUUAUGGCUACCUGGAUUCACAGGCCGUUUCGGUACUUCGCCAGUAGGCUAUUCUAAUUUACCAGGGAUGUACUUCCAUACUGGUGGGUUUCAAACGGCGUACGAUAUAAGCUCAUCACCUCCAAGCGGGGUGAGCGACUAUUCUGGAGAAACUAAUAUUGCCAUGUAUUCAAAAUGGCAGGGAUGGUCAGAGAAAGCAGGCACAACAGCAAAGAUUAUCAAUCUUGUGUGGACUGACGUUACUGCUAAUGCUGUCGUGGGAACCAAAGGCUGGAUUUCACGUCAAACUCUAGCGAAACGAGCGAGUGAUGACAAUGCCUCCCCUCAGCCGGCAAAAGGAGAUUUGCGUGAAGUUCCGGUGUUCGUUUUCCAAAGCCGGAUUAAGUACAAUUUGAGAUUCGCUAUACCAGCCUUCAUUGCCGUUCUUUUCACUCUGAUGAUAGGAUCGACGACUUGUCUUUUGUGCUUAUUUGGUCGUGCAAGGCCAUCCAGGAUGCGAAAGCAUAUCUUCAACACCUCUGCGGGUCGCAUUAUGGCCGCUUUUGUUUAUCCCAACCAAGUUGAUCCUCAGGCCCCCGCGAAAAUAUGGAAUAAGGCUGUUGGAUUUAAGAAAGUUGCCGUCGAUGGUCCCAUUCCCAGGCCAACUGAUCCAGUCAGUAUGGGAAAAUUAGAGAAUACAACGGCUUCGCAUAUGGAAACCCCAUUGCUCAAGGAUGGAAAUAUGGGGGAUCGUAUGCCACCGCCUAGCCCUGGGAUAACUUCACUGGGUCAACCACAUGCAUAUAUCCCCUACAACUCGUAA